AUGUCUACAGAUUUGGGAGAAGAGAUGUUUACAUUUCCCGAACCUUCUGAGGAUCCACAGUUGACUCGAAACAAUACUAUAUUAAAUAGACAAUAUGGUAAUAUAGAGUAUGAUGAUGAAGACAUUCAAAUGUUGAAAGAUGCAGACGAUGCUGAAAUAAUUAAGAUUGGUAAAAUGGUUUAUUUGAUACUAUACAAAGAAGCAGUAACAUCAAAUGAUUUUCGAAGUAUUUUGACCACUACUACACUCCAUGGGGUCGAGAAAACCACACAAUUUAUUAGGGAACAGAGUCCUUCAUGUGUUUCUUCAUUAGCUCAUUCAUUUGGGAGACUUUUAUGUAUUGUUUAUGUUGCAAAAGACUUAAAGUUGAUUGAUAAUGAAAAAUAUACUACUGAUUUGGCUCUUGUUGAUGACAUUAUGGAUCCAUCAGAUGAAAAGAAAGUAAAUUCAAUUGCAAAAUUGGUUAGAAGAUUCGUUGAAAGAUCAGAUUCGUUAAUUGCAGCUGUGUUUUCGUUGUUCUUCACUCGAUUUGGUGCAACCUGGUACUAUCUGGAAUCGGUUUGCAUUAAAAGAUUAAAAUGCAUAGAAAGCAUAUGUAAAUAUGCAAUGGCUACAAGUGUUGAAACUUUGACGAAUUACGAGAAGAAUAUAUCUGGAAGGUCAAGUAAAGUUCCUGGUACUAAGCUCACAGACAAUUUAUUAACUCACUUACUUAUGGAAAAGGAACGUAAAGCUCAAUUCAUAAAAGCAACGUUUCGAUAA